AUGGGAACUAAUAUUGGAACAAUGUUUCUGUUUAGCAAAAGAAAACGAUGGCGAGAAUAUCGUUUUGAUAAAGAAGCGAAUGCGUUCUGUUUGCAGUUUAUGCAUGAAGAUAGCUUAGUGAUGAUGGAACGUCAUGCACUGCGACACUUUUUGAAAAAUGCAUCUCAUUUAGCGCAUCGUCUCUCGAUUCUCUCUAGUGCGAAAUCAAGCCCAAGUACGGUAACAUGUUCGACAUCAAGUGAUACCUCAACGAUUGUGUCCGAUUUGUGUGCGUUAAUGAAUCAGGUAACAGCGAAAGUGCUCGCCAUUGAACUGCCCGACGACAUAGUGCUCAGCUAUACAAAAGCACCGUUCCAUUACGCGGACAUCUACGAGGAUCAUUUGAUGCACGCUUGUCUGUUCGGUUUCACCCGGAAAGCCGUUCAGAUGCCCUUGCACGAUCACUCGAGAAUGCACGGAUUCGUGAAAGUGAUUCGUGGCUCGAUGACAGUCUCGUCGUAUUCGUGGUUGUCCGAAGACGACGAGCAACGUGAAUGCAACAGAAAUAUUAUUCGCUCAUUCUAUGGGCGACCUGUCAGAAUGGAAAAUACAUAUGCAAUUGCACUAUGCGAAAGUGCUCGUGCACUCUCGGAAGUUCUGUUCACUGUAAUUCUUGUUUUGAUGUGUGAAACGUAUGAAAUUUCAAGAUAUGAAGGUACAAUCAAAAGGAAUAGUGAAGACGAAUGCGUACAUUUGGAUCCAGAACGCGGUAAUCUUCAUUCAAUGGAAGCACUUGAAGCUGGAACCACAUUCUUCGAUCUGUUGGUGCCUGGAUACGGUGAUCGACCGUGUACAUUUUAUGAGAUCAAACCGGGCGAUUCGCAGCUGAACGGCUCGGAUAUUUGCUUCGUUCGAACUGUGCCCAUGCCAACAUCCUAUUAUUGCGAAACGAUACCUUACGAUCAGAUUUUUCGCCUUUGA